AUGUCGGGCAGUGGUAUGUUCCACGUGUUUCGCGUUGGCACGGCGGCUACGGGUGUUGUCUGGCUGCACUACUUGACGACGAUGUACCCGCAGCAGCACUUUGUGACCACGCGCGGCCGACGCUACCGUGUGACACACACGUUGCUAGCCAGUGAGACGGACGGGCGUUUCAGCUCAACGGUCAACGUUGACGCAGACUCGGGCGAUGGCUACUGUAUCCGGGACGUACGUGAACGACUUCAAGUCGCCUAUCGUCAGGGAACAGUGGCCGGCCUGGUCGACAUCUUUUUGUGUCACUACAUGGAACCGGUCACGGAUUCGAUGCAGACACUGAAGAACUGA